AUGGGUAAAUGUGCUGUAUGUGGUCAUUAUCCGAAUAGGGAUUUGAAACGUUCGAUUCAUGGAUGGCCUCAAGAUGAGGAUAUUAAGAAAGAGUGGUUAAACCAUUUGGGCAUGAAAGCAGCUGAAAUGACAGUUACACCAGAAUCUCGUAUCUGUUCAGAUCAUUUUGAUGAAGGUGCAUUCCUCCUAAAAAAAUAUUUGAGAGACGAUGCAGUUCCCAAGAGGUAUGAAAAAAUUGUUUUGGAGACGAGUACCCAGAGGGAGGAAUUCCUUUCAAGGAGUCCAUCUUCUACCCUAACUGCAGCAUCUCCGAAAUCGUCUUGCUCUACUGUGACAGUAUCAGAAGAGUCAGUUUUCCAUUCCAGUUUCAAUGUUUCGUUGGAAUCUCAACCAUCAACUUCAUCUGCAAGAAUCGCACCAGAAGUGGCCUUUUCUAGUUCUUCCGAAAAUCUUCCACUCAAUCCUCCAUCAAAAAAAAGGGCAAAAAGGCGUCUUAUGGAUCGUGUCACUAAUUUAGGUUCCCUAUUAACUCAUCUACAGGACAACAAAUAUUUGUCUGAUAGAGCUCAAGAGAUACUUAAGGAAAUUGUUCCCACACAUGCGAAAACAUUAUUCAACCGUAUGCUAAAAGGAUCUUCAAGGCAAAAAUAA